AGCAAAAAGCGGACGCUACAGGUGCCGGCAGUGAUCGCAUACCUACCACAUGAUAAAUGGCACCGUGUUUUUCUAACCGCAUCGUCGCCUCCAACCCGUUCAGUGAUUGUUCUGUGGCGAUGUGAUAAUAAAAUAGAUCGUGAAUAUUAAAUUGAAUAUAAAUAAAAUGUCUAAAUAUAAUAUAUUGUGAUAACAAGUGCUAAUAACUAAGCGAAAGUGAGUGUAAAGAAGUAAUGGUGCAAUAAAACGCGUCUGUGGGCGAUGCCGAAGUACCGGAUAUUGUCAUGGCGUUAUUGGAUUCUAUUCCUUUUCACUGCUAUAAAACAAGGAAACGGCCAGGCCACCGACGUGGAUGUACGACUGACGGCGCCUAGUUGGGUAGCACGUGGGGGCUCGGCGACCCUACGAUGUCUACACCAAGUUCCACCGCAGCUGCUGUACAAGGUCGAGUUCCUGCGAUCUGGGGCCAAACUGCUACAGUAUGUGCGUGAGAGGGUGCCACCAUUCACCAAUUAUACAUUCACUGGGGGAAAACUUAAUAUGUCUUUGGUAACCGAGAACUCGAUAACUAUAGAUAACUUGGACCCUUCUGCUUCUGGGCUGUACUGGUGCGAGGUGUCCUUGGAGACACCCAUCUUCACAGCCGCCUCUCCCCCUCACCAGCUGACUGUCGUUUACUCACAGAAGCAUCCGCCGAUCAUAACUUUUGGCAAGCCAAACGUGGUGGUGGGGGGUUUGCUGCGUGCCAACUGCACCAGCGCACCAGCGGCUCCAGCACCUCGUCUCACCUGGUACAUCGAUAAUGAGAAGGUAAAUGAAGAAUCGGUAAGAUAUUUUUCAUAUCGAGUGUCAAGCUCGACUCGGACCAAAGGAGGUGGCGGAUACCGGCAUCGCAAGCACCAACACCGCUACAUAGCUCCGGAGUUCAACUACACCGCCAAAUACUGGGCACUGGUGAGCGAGACCACUACGCCACCUACCACGAAUACUAGCAAACACAAUAAGUGCACUUUCAAAGAAGCUCAAAGUGAGGAGAUGUCUAAGAUGCAGGAGAGGCCACGUGCUUCAUCGAUGGCUCCUAUAUCCCUUUGGGUGUCGAUAGCUGAACUACGUGCUCCGGCGCAUGGGAAACUUCAGUUAACGUGUACGGCCACCAUACCCGACGAGGUGGGUCCUGGCGAGAGAUUCGCAGAUAUCAAGAAACAGACAGUCACAGUGGCCGUGAACGAGCUCAGUAUGAAGAAGCCGCAUUCUGAAACAAGCCAUGCAAACGGAACUUCUACCUGUCUGCAAAAUUACCACCCACUUUGGAUUCUGAGCUGCGGGUUUCUGUUUCGAGGGAUCUCGCUUCAAUUAAAUCGGAUAGAUUGAAAACUGCAAUCUUUGCCUUCAGACACCGAACGGUAUUAUAGCGCUUUGAGAAAAUAGUAAAUUGUACAAGUUUAGAAACCAUGUACUUCGUACUACCUACAAUAUAAUUACACAUUUUAACAAAAUAUUUAGGCUUUUCGUCUCACUUUCAAGGUAAAAGGUUGUCCCGUUUAAAAUUUUGUUUGCUAGAAAAUGUAUGCCUUAUAUUU